AUGGACACAACCAUUGAUACGAGUGCUACCAUUGAUGACAAUACUGAAGGAUCUGAUGCUUUGGAGGAAUUGAAUGACAAUUCCGAGAAUACAAAGAAUAUAUCAAAACCUAAAGAAAUCAAAAUAGCACUGAAGAGGUUGUUUAAGAAUCCGAUUCUCAUAUUUCACGCUUUGGCCGGAAUUUUCAGGGUUUUCGGUUAUUUCGGGUAUUAUAUAUUCAAACCAAAGUACAUGGAAAUGCAAUACAGACAGUCAGCUUCUGGGGCCAGCUUUUUCACUGGGUCGACAAGUGUGGUAACUAUGGCUAUAGGAAUAAUGGGCGGCGGAGUUAUUAUCAAAUAUUUUAAACCUAAACCGCGACCACUCGUUAUAUUCAUGUUUUGCGUGGAAUUGGUCGCCAGUUUUGCCAUCUUCUCAGCCAUGUUCUUGGGAUGUCCGGCACCUGUCUUUCCUAACAGUGCUUUAUUGGACGGAAAAAUAUCUUUAGCGAACAGUUGUAACUUUGGCUGUGACUGCUCCACACGAGUGUAUCAACCAAUUUGUUCAUCCGAUGGUAAAACAGGCAACUGUUGGCUUUAUGACGUUGACAAGUUCAGGGUCUAUUUACACGGAGCAGCGUUUGGGUUCAUGAUAUUAGGCUCAGUGUUUGACAUCGGAAUCAUUGUUCUGUCGAAUAGACUGAAGAAUCUUUUGGAUGAUGACAAUGAAGAGGACGACAAGAAAAAUGAAAUUAAAUUAUUAGAAAAGAGUACUAAUAGUAGUAGUAGUCAUCCAAACGGCAAAAGCUUAUCUAUUGAGGAAAGUUAGUUUUUAGUUACUAUAUCUAGUUUUGUUUUAAGUUAUAUUUUUAU